AUGGCCGUCGAUGAGUUCUCUAGGUCAGUUCAAAUGGGAAUCCAGCUAUCCCGAAGGAUAUGUUAUGGAAAAGACAAGGCAUCCAUGACUGCUCCCAAACAGCCGUCCAUGAAAAAGUCGUUGUCGUCGUCUUCAUCGGCUUCGUCGUUGCGGUCACCGCAAAGUCAUCGUCCGUCAGCGCCGAUGGUUUAUGCGGUAAUAGUCGAUCCUUCUACCGUCGAUAAUCCGGAUAUUUGCAGCUACCAGCCGUACGUGUACGGACGGUGCGAUCCGCCGGCGUUGGUUCCGCUGCAUAUGCAUGGAAUCGCGAUGGAGGUGGAGUGUUAUUUGGAUACGGCGUUCGUUUCCGUUACCGGGACUUGGCGUGUUCAUUGCGUAUCAUCAAGCGCAUGUUGCGAUUGCAGAAUCGCGAUUCCGAUGGGUGAGCAGGGUUCAGUUCUAGGUAUUGAGGUGGAGACCACAAGAAGAUCAUAUUCUACAAAAUUCGUAACUUCCCAAGAUCUAGAAAAAGUAACCACGAUAAAGAAUGGCUUUUUAAUGAAAGGCAACACGUAUACGUUCAAAAUUUUCCAGGUUGAGGGAGGAUCAUAUGUCCAUGUUAAUGUUAGGUGGUCUCAGAAAUUGACGUAUCAAGAUCGUGAGUUCUGCCUUAGUAUUCCUUUCACUUUUCCGGCUCACGUGGUGCCAGUGGUGAAGGGAACUCCUAAUAAGGAAAAAGUUUCGCUAAAUGUGAUAUCUGGAAUGGAGACUGAGAUUAUGUGCAAUAUUUCUAGUCAUCCUUUAAUGGUGUGCUCAGAUGAUAUCUUUGCUGGUCUGCUACUGCAGACUCCAUCUCGAAAUGAUUGUGAUCAGAGAGAUAUGUUUUGCUUCUAUCUUCUCCCAGGGAGUAACAGAACUACCAAGCAUUUCAAAAAGGAAGUGGUAUUUCUAGUAGAUAUAAGCGAGAGUAUGCACGAUGCCCCGCUUGAGAAAACAAAAGAUGCAGUGAUCGGUUGCCUCUCGGAGCUUAAUCAUGGAGAUUAUUUUAACAUCAUAGCCUUCAAUGGAGACAUUCAACCAUUCUCAUCUUCCUUGGAGUUGGCAACAGAGGAAGGAAUCACAAAUGCAACUGAAUGGAUCACAAAUCUUAUAGCUGAAGGAGGUACAAACCUCCUUCUCCCCCUCAAACAGGCAUUUGAUAUGGUCGGUAAGACUGGUGAAUCUAUUCCUCUCAUUUUCCUCAUUACUGAUGGAGCUGUUGAAGAUGAAAAAGAUAUUUGUAAUACGAUGAAAGAUCGCCUUCUAGAUGGAGGAAUUAAUUGUCCGCGAAUUUGCACAUUUGGCAUAGGUUCAUACUGCAAUCACUAUUUUUUGCAAAUGCUUGCUCAUAUGGGAAGAGGAUGCUAUGAUGCUGCAUAUGAUGUAGAUUCGAUCAGCGAACAAUUACCAAAACUGCUUAAAAACGCCUUGUCUCCCGUACUCGCAAAUAUAACCCUUGAUGCCCUACAAAAUCUCGACUCACAUGAGUUGUACCCGUUUCGUAUUCCCGACUUGUUUGGAAGUCCGGUAAUUGUAUCAGGCCGAUACGAAGGAAACUUCCCCGACAUUGUUAAAGCUAGAGGUUUCAUGGCUGAUAUGAGCACCUAUGUAAUUGAUGUCAAAGUGAGGAACGCGAAAGACAUACCUUUGAACAAGGUUUGUGCAAGAAGGGAGGUCGAUUCGCUCACAGCACAUGCAUGGUUAGACACGAAUCAACAAUUAGAGGAGAAGGUUGCAAAAAUGAGCUUACAAAUGGGGGUUCAUUGUGAAUAUACUAGCAUGAUUCUAGUCCAGGGUGACAGAGUAAAGCCACCUAUUGAUUCAGUUCUACCAGAAGAGAAGUAUACCAAAUUGGAGAAUCAUAAGAUGAUACAUCUGAAGAAUCUAAGCAUCGGAUUCGGGAACUUGAUGGCAAGUGUCGACGGUGUACCUCCGGGAAUAGAAGAAGUAGAGGAAAAGGAGCCUGCCGGAAUGAUGAUGCAGGCCGCUUCCUCCGUCUGGGGGAUCUUUCUCGAUCGAUGUUGUUGCAUGUGCUUCAUUCAGUGCUGUUCUCGCAUGAACGAUCAAUGCGCCAUUGUUAUGGCGCAACUAUGUACGGCUCUUGCUUGUUUAGAAUGCCUCAAUUGCUGCUGUGAAGUAUGCGAUUCAUGCAGCGACUUGUGCAGCUAGAAAAUUAGUAGUAGUAAUAAUAUGCAUCAUAUAUAUGGUGCAAAAUGCUUUUGUAUUUAUUUACAGAGGCAGAAUCAAACGAGAAGUACGAUCAAUUUGCGAGAAGGCAAGAAGUUCUAAUCAUAUGCGAUACAAAAAUGUUGUUGACCAGUCAUGUAACGGGUGACUUUUCCUACGACCCUGUCCUUUUGGACAUGUUGUAUUGUGUUCUUGAAACUUUUCACAAUCUCGUAAAUUGAUUGUCUUCUUGUUUGAUUUUUCGCCUUUUAUGUAUAUAAGCCCGUUUUUUU